AGUCGAUAUAAUAUUCAUAAAUAUAUCGCAUCUCUUUGCUGCUAUUUAAAGAACUAAUCUGUUAAUUUCCCUUCAUAGGUCAAUUUUUCCCAGUAUCUAUCUCGUCCAGAUAGUGGCAAUUGAUGAUAUAUUAAACGAUAAAACGUUCUGCUAUAUAUGUAUAACAAACUCUAUCGAUAUCGUUAUUGUUGAUAUAUUAGUCAUUUUUUGGCUUUUUGAGGCCUUACCUGCGGGUCCUAAACUUACAGCACACCCGCGCGCUACACUUUAGUUUGGUCAUCGUUCCGAAACAAAAAAAACAACUGACAAAAUUUAGCAACAAUCGGUUUACAAUUCCAUUUCGGAUUACAGGCAACUCUGACGCAUUGUUAGCCCUCUUAUCCCACAACAAUUUUCAAGUACAUAUUUACAUUUAAAGAUAUUUCCGAAAUUCACGAGAUGUGACUCAUCUGUUUUUUUUUUACUCGCAUUUGAAAUUGAAAAACUUUUCAACUAUGCGCUACAGUAAACAGCUUUUGCAAUUCGAUACCUAACAGUUUUAAUUAAUCAAAUUUAGGCCUACUUUUUGCACUCUUUUUGUACUUUAAACGGCUAAGGCUUGAUUACCGAAUAAUUAUCAAAGAUAUUCUAAGAUUCGUCUAAUAAUUAAAUGAAUCAAUACGAAGCGGCAGCAUCAUCAGCAACGAGAAUUCAAAUAUAAAACCAAUAGAAGAAUAUACUGAGCGAAAAUGAAAACGUCAAAAGAUAGAAGAAGAAAAUGUUAUCUUUCAAGGUCAAAAGCAACAACAUUAACAACAUCAACAAUUUUAUUCAUAUUAUUAUUAUUAUUAACGGUUAUAACGUAUCGAACGUAUGCCUUGGAUAAUGAUGAAGAAAAAGUUCAAUUCAUUACAAAUACCGGAAAUCAAAAGAAACAGUUUGCACCAACAACAAUCAACAACGACGAAACACGUUAUAUAGAUGUUAACGCGAGUCCAAUACAUUACGAUGGCACACAAUUAUGGCGCAUUCAUAAUAUAUCGAAAUAUAUAGAUGAAAAUUUGAUACCAUUAACCGAUGUCCUCGAAUACAAAUAUGGUGGCAAUGUAUGGAAAGAAAAUGUAAAAUUUUUAGAUGUGUCCAUAACAAAAGACCAUUUGAAAAGAGCGAGACAAUUUUUAAAGCAAAACCAUAUGGCAGUGGAAAUUUUAAAUGAUAAUGUACAAAAAUUAAUUGACGAUGAGGCGGCAAUGGGUGUUAACCUAACAUCAAGCGAUUUCGGCAAAAGAACAAGAAAAUCGACUGGUAGUGGUAUGCAUUUUAAAGACUAUCACGACUUGGAUACAAUAUAUAGUUUUAUGCGUGAAGUACGCGGCAAAUAUCCCAAUAUUUGUCGUCUUUAUUCCAUAGGCAAAACUGUCGAGGGCAGAGACUUGAAGGUGUUAAGGAUCUCUGAAAAUCCUCGCGAUUAUAAGAAAAUUUGGAUAGAUGGUGGUAUACAUGCUCGUGAAUGGGUUAGCCCCGCUACAGUUACUUUCAUACUUUAUAAACUUUUGGCUAAUUGGACUGAUCAACCAGAUUAUAUUAGGCAUAAGACAUGGUAUAUAAUGCCUGUUAUGAAUCCCGAUGGUUAUGUGUAUAGCCGACGCGAGAAUCGUUUAUGGCGCAAAAAUCGUUCACCAUCUAAACACCAGCAAUGCUAUGGCGUAGAUUUGAAUCGGAAUUUCGAUAUUGGUUGGGACAGUUAUGGUUCGUCUACUCAUCCUUGCAGUGAUACAUAUCGGGGUCAUUCUCCUGCUUCUGAGCUUGAAACUCAAGCUGUUGUUAAAUUUUUAACUAAACGAAAAUUUAAUCUACAUUCCUAUCUAACAUUUCAUAGCUAUGGACAAUUGAUGGUUUAUCCGUGGGCUUAUCGCGCAGUCAAAGUGAAAGAUGCUAACAUUUUGCAAAGAGUCGCCAAUACCGCCGUACAACGGAUUGCCAAAAAAACUCAGCAAAAUUAUAGAGCCGCCGCUACUUAUGAAGUUCUAGGCAUAGCAGGAGGUGGCUCCGAUGAUUGGUGCCGCGCUAUUUUGGGUACCCCAUACGUAUACACCGUCGAGUUGAGAGAUCGCGGGCAUUAUGGUUUCAUUUUACCACCCGAUCAAAUCCUUGAAACCGCUCUUGAAGGCUACAUAAUUGUCGAUACGGUAGCCCAAGCAAUAAAUUAAUAAAAAUAGAAUGCAUUCGAGAGAUAAAGCUUGAGAUGAAGUCGGAAUUGGUAUCACACCCCAACGAGGAUGUUGCGAGAGCAAAUUUUAAAAAGUAUUUUACCUUGAAGUGAUAGAUGAAAUUAAAUAAUUUUUAGGAAAAAU